GUCCCGGGCUCGGCCGGCCCCCACGCCCAGGCGGCUGCUCCCUGCUGACUGGGGUGUGGGCGGGGAGCGGCGGAGGGAGGAGGAGGCGCUGCUGGCUGCCGCCGUUGCCUCCGCUCCUGGGCGCCUGGGCAGCCUCCCCGGUUCCUGCGGCCGCCAUGGACGAGCAAGCGGGUCCCGGCGUCUUCUUCAGCAACAACCACCCGGCCGCCGGUGGUGCCAAGGGUCUCGGGCCUCUGGCGGAGGCUGCCGCGGCCGGCGACGGGGCGGCUGCAGCGGGGGCGGCCCGAGCCCAAUACAGCCUCCCGGGGAUCCUGCACUUCCUGCAGCAUGAGUGGGCCCGCUUCGAGGUCGAGAGAGCCCAGUGGGAAGUGGAGCGGGCGGAGCUGCAGGCUCAGAUUGCCUUUCUUCAGGGGGAAAGGAAAGGUCAAGAAAACUUGAAGAAGGAUCUUGUGAGAAGAAUCAAAAUGCUGGAAUAUGCUCUUAAACAGGAAAGAGCCAAAUACCACAAGUUGAAAUAUGGGACAGAAUUGAAUCAGGGAGAUAUGAAGCCUCCAAGCUAUGAUUCUGAUGAAGGUAAUGAAACAGAGGUGCAGCCACAACAAAACAGCCAGUUAAUGUGGAAGCAAGGUCGGCAACUACUCAGACAGUAUCUACAGGAGGUGGGUUACACAGAUACUAUUUUAGAUGUGAAAUCCAAACGAGUGCGAGCUUUGUUGGGCAUUUCAAGUGAUGUCCCUGACAGGGAAGAUGACAAAAAUCAGGACUCAGUUAUAAAUGGCACAGAAGCUGAAGUUAAAGAGACAGCAAUGAUUGGAAAAUCUGAGUUAACAGAUUCUGCCUCCGUGCUGGAUAAUUUUAAAUUCCUUGAAAGUGCAGCUGCAGAUUUCAGUGAUGAAGAUGAAGAUGAUGACAUUGAUGGAAGAGAGAAAAGCAUCAUUGAUACUUCAACGAUUGUUAGGAAGAAAGUAUUGCCCGAUAGCAGUGAAGAUCGGGAUACAAAAGAAGCUCUAAAGGAGUUUGACUUCUUGGUUACAUCAGAAGAAGGAGACAGUGACUCCAGAAGCGCAGGCGAUGGGACAGACUGGGAAAAGGAAGACCAGUGUCUCAUGCCUGAAGCUUGGAAUGUGGACCAGGGAGUAAUUACCAAACUCAAGGAACAAUACAAAAAGGAGAGAAAGGGGAAAAAGGGGGUGAAGAGAAAAACAACCGAAGAUCUGUUUCAGCCUCUAUCCUAUAUAAAACAGUCAAAACAGGGAUGUGGGAGAAUGAAGCAUCGAAGUACAGGGCCCAAUAGGUCAAAACUACAAGAUAUGCUUGCUAAUUUGAGAGAUGUUGAUGAACUUCCCUCCUUGCAGCCAUCUGUGGGUUCACCUUCCAGACCCAGCAGCUCCAGGCUUCCUGAACAUGAAAUAAAUAGGGCAGAUGAAGUGGAAGCACUGACGUUUCCUCCUUCUUCUGGGAAGUCAUUCAUCAUGGGAGCAGAUGAAGCACUUGAAAGUGAACUGGGACUUGGAGAAUUGGCAGGCCUUACAGUGGCCAAUGAAGCAGAUUCAUUAACUUAUGAUAUAGCAAACAAUAAAGAUGCAUUGAGGAAGACAUGGAACCCCAAGUUUACAUUAAGAAGUCACUUUGAUGGCAUUAGAGCCCUCGCUUUCCACCCCACUGAGCCUGUUUUGAUAACAGCAUCAGAGGAUCACACGUUAAAAAUGUGGAAUUUGCAGAAAACAGCCCCAGCCAAAAAGAGCACGUCUCUUGAUGUGGAGCCUAUCUAUACAUUCAGAGCUCAUAAAGGUCCAGUGCUCUGUGUGGUGAUGAGCAGCAGUGGUGAGCAGUGCUACAGCGGCGGUGCUGACGGCCUGAUCCAGAGCUGGAGCACCACCAACCCCAACGUCGACCCCUACGACUCCUACGAUCCUUCUGUCUUAAGAGGCCCUCUCUUGGGCCACACGGAUGCGGUCUGGGGCUUGGCCUACAGUGCAGCGCACCAGCGUCUGUUGUCCUGCUCAGCAGAUGGCACUCUCCGUUUGUGGAAUGCCACUGAGGUUGCUCCGGCCUUGAGUGUGUUUAGUGAUAAUCAAGAAUUGGGAGUCCCUGCCUCUGUGGAUCUGGUGAGCAGUGACCCAAGCCAUAUGGUAGCAUCAUUCAGCAAAGGAUACACAAGCAUCUUUAACAUGGAAACACAACAACGCAUUCUCACUUUAGAAUCCAACCUAGAUUCAACAGCCAACUCUUCCUGCCAAAUAAAUAGAGUCAUCAGUCACCCCACUCUUCCCAUCAGCAUCACUGCUCAUGAAGACAGGCACAUCAAAUUCUAUGAUAACAAUACAGGCAAACUGAUCCACUCGAUGGUAGCCCACCUAGAAGCCGUUACAAGUUUAGCAGUUGAUCCAAAUGGCCUGUACUUAAUGUCUGGCAGUCAUGACUGUUCAAUACGUUUAUGGAACCUAGAAAGUAAGACGUGUAUCCAAGAGUUCACAGCUCAUCGGAAAAAGUUUGAAGAAUCAAUUCAUGAUGUAGCUUUCCACCCAUCCAAAUGCUAUAUAGCCAGUGCUGGGGCGGAUGCACUGGCUAAAGUCUUUGUAUGACACAAUGCAUCAUCUUCACCUUCUAGCUGUUUAUAAGUAAUCAACUGCACAAAAGAGAUACAGAAGACCAGGGCAAGAGUCAACCCAUCCAGCCCUUAUGUUCUGCUGAAGGAGCACAGAGAACAUUUGUUAAAGUAUAGUUUUGCAAUUCGUACACUGUUUUCUAAAACUAAGGUUUGUUCAGGUUGCUGCAAGCUCAGCUGAAUCUGUGAGCCUGAAAACUUUAAAAUUUUUCCCCAAACAGGAGCUUUUAUUUCUGAGGUUGUUCUAAUUCGCUAGGCAGGCCUGAGCGAAGAACAAACAUAGGUUUAGCUUGUCCCUAUUGAGUUAAUAGGGCAUAUUAUAAGGGAUAAUUGAAAAGCUUGAUUACUGGGAAUGAGUAGAGGAAGAAUGGCAAUUUAGACCUAGUUCUCCCCUGAGAAAUCUUGUUAAACAUGUUAGAUAGUUAAAACGGUAAUCUUUAUCACAUCUACUGUACUAACCCCUAUGUGCAUAAUGACCAGACAGUGUUAAAAUGAGUUUUUAAUUUAGCUCUCCUUUCAACUGUUCUCAUAAAGCACCUGGCAAAACAUUUUACUUAUUAGAGGGGAAAAAAAAUGCAAUAAUAUGUUAAAUAUAUUACUAUUCAGAAAUGCUAAACAAAUAUUUAGUUUGUAAGCAGAUUUCUAUAUUGUAUUAACAUUUUUGAAAAUAGAUUUGGUACCAUUCUAAAGUUUAGCUGUCAAAAAUACUCACCAUUAUGAAGAAUAGUUGAUAUGAGUCUGCUUUUACUAAAGAAUUUAACUUAUUCAGGUUUAAGAUUCUGUUUAUUUUUAAUGGCAAGCAGGGCAUAUCUUUAUAAUGAUUUCUGUUAAUUUUAAAUUUCACUUUAUUCAUGUGAUAUUUAUAGUAUCAGAGUGAUUAUUUCAUAUUGAUGAAAUCAUACCUUUUAGUGAUUGAAAAGCUGGAAGUUACUUGCAACUACUCACCAGAACCCACGUAACCGUGCUUCACAUGAUCUCUUUCUUCUUUGUCUCUGAUAUUAAAAUUAUCUGACACCUACCAAAAAUAGUUCAUAAUUAUUAUGUUUUAAUAGUCCAAAGGGUAUGGUUACCCUCAGGCAGCUGCCUUUGCAGAAUUACUAAAUAAAGCAAAUGUUUGUGCCCCAGAAGUUCCGUUAUUAAUAUCUCCAAGAAGUAAAACCUCUUGGAAAUCUGGAUGGAAUAGUUUGGUGUAUAAUAUUGGCUAGAGGGUUCUGUCUUUCUUUCCCUUGCCCUACCCCACCUCCAGUGUUUCAUUGGAAAUACAUAGCAUGUUUUAAUGGGCAGUGAGUCAAUAUUGUUUCUGGGGAAAACCAUGUCUUAAAGGCCCAGGGUUCUUUGAGCUCACCUUACCAAUGACCCACAUAUGGUCAGCUCUUGGGAUUUACGUGACCCCACUGUCUGGACAUGGUAUGUAGACCUUAUCCCUGCAGCUGUCUCCCGUCUUCUUCAUGCACUUUCUUAUUUGCCCAAUAUGGCAGAGACCAAUCUGGAAAUCAGAAAUGUUACUAAUUCCCAAAUUUUCAGCAAAAUGUACUUUUAAUAGGCUCUCAGAUGUAAUUUCUACAUUCCUAUGCCCACAUAUUCCAUUAUCAUAGCAAUGGCACUUCUUAUACCUACAUCUACUCCCUGAAGAAGUAUUAACAUGAUAGUGUGGAUAUUAAUUGACAAUUUUUCUUUAAAAUUUCUGCUUAUCUGCCUCAAGAAUUCUGCAGUAUACAGGCAGGUUUUCUUUAAGGACCUUUGUUAAAUUUUCCUGGUUGAUACACAGAUACGCUUUAUUUUGACACAGCUACCUUGUCAUUUCAUAUGUGCUUAACAAUGGGCUCAAGGGACUGCUUUGUAUAUUCAAAUGAAUUGACCUGGACAUGAGCUACCAGGUAAAUGUUUAUAUUCCUGUGCGGGUAUAGAAUUCCACGUUGUGUUUAGUGAAUUCCUUUUUGGCUUCUUCACAAAGUAAAUAAAUGAUAUCACUGACCUAACAUUUGUAGAAGGAUACUGGAAAAUUUCAGUCAGGUGCUCUUAAUUGGCUUGUUUGUGAUGGAUGAUUACAAGCUAUUGUUCUACCAAUUAUUGCUUUAAUUACCUUCCAGGGUGUUCAGUGCCUGCUUUACUUCUGUCAACUGGAAUUCUCAAAACUAAGACACUCUCUUCACCUGCAUUUUAGGUCUCAUGGUUGGAAUUUUUCUAUUAGUAAGUGGAAAACAACCAUGAGAUAUGUAGACUGUAGCGCAAGUGAUGGAGCUGUUGCAAGUUCCUUAGAAAGCCAACGCUGUGCUCUUGGAGGUUGUACCCAGAAACAGGGGUUUCUUCUCCACUAGCACUGUUAUGAUCUCAGCCUAGAAAUGAGCCAAAGCUGUCUUCCAGCCAGAUAGAAGCAUAUAUAUGUGUGUGUGUUUGUCUGACUUUUCCCUCAGCCUAUCAAAACUUCAAUGAAAAUUGACAAAAUGAACAAAUCCCAGAUUUGAACAAUGAUUGAAAUGCUUUCAUAGUGCUUUAUUUGUAAAUAUUUUGGAUGAAAUGUAUUGGAAGAGUAUGAAAAUCAGCAGAUGAUGUGGGUCCCUGCCUUAUUUUCAUAUGCUGUGGGUACAUCCCUGGGAGCUUGCAGCACCCUUCUCGAAACUCAGCUGUCAUAUGGAGCUCAUUUGCUACUCAAACCAUAGACAGAUAUUUAACAUAAGUGAUAUAAUGACCUUCAGUAUUUUUCUAUUGAACACGUUUAGCAAUUUUUGCCAUUAAACAGAAUAAUUAGUUAUGCAAAGUAUUUAGCUUUUAUAAUCAUUUUAGUUAUGACUAAAAGGGGGGAAAUUGAGCUGUAUCACUGAUAAUGAACUUUGUGAGAAAUUUUUUGUUUAUCUGAGUUUCAUUCCUUCAGUGUUCUUGCUAUAAGUUUCUUUUGGAGAUAAUGAUGAAGAUUUAUUUGAAAAUGUCUAAAAUGUGUGUAUAUUUUAUAAAUAUAUAUUAUAUAUAUUGUAGGGAUAUAUAUAAUAUAUAUAUAGACUAUAUAUAUUAUAUAUAUAUAUAUUAUAUAUAUAAAACCAUAGGUGCAUUUUACUGUUUUGUAUUUUCAUUUUUGGAGGUAGUGUCCACAGCAGGUAAUGACGAGUAUGAUGAGUGUUGUGCUGUUUGCUUUUGCAGUAUAAUAUAUAGUUCUAAAUGUUUAAAUUACUGUAUAUACGAUAUUCAUUAUAGGCUAGCAUGCUUGUUUUAAAGACUGUCAUUCUAGUUUAUUAAAAUCUGAAUGUAAGAAAACCUGGCUAUUCAAAUGUGAAUUGGGAAAUGUUCCAUUCUCAGUACUGAACUAUUUCCAUUGAGCAUUCAGGAUUUUUGACAAAACCGAUACCAUCAAGAAGGCAAUAGCUAGAGAAAGAGAGGUGCCUUUAAAAAAAAAAUACAAAUUCAGCCUUACAGUGAGGAUGAGGAUUGAGUUGUUUUGUUGGGAAGAGGUGUGAGUGAGUGUGUGUGUGUGUGUGUGUGUGUGUGUGUGUGUGAUGUUGUUAGAGUGCCCAUCUAUGAAGGUCCUGAUUUGUGACCAUCAGUGUCUUUUUAAUGUGUCUGUAAAACUUCUAGGACUUCAGGGGACAUUUCAUGCGCUGUCUUCUUGCUCUUCUGAGCACCGUAGUACUUUCCAAGAAUUAUGAAUGUGAAUUCCUAGAAAUUUCAGUAGAGAAUAAAAUAACUAUUAUUUCAUUAUAAAUCAAGUUCAGGUAAAAGGAGAAAUUACUGAUUCAUCAAAAUUACAGGAUCUCAUUAAUGUUAGCUAAGUAAAUGUAAUUUUUAAAGGCUCAUUUUUUUUUUUAGUACUUCAUGUAUUUCCCCUUUACACAAGAGCAUGUCAUGAAAUUCUUAUAUGAUGAAGAUUUAGCUAGUAAAAAUUGUUUUUAAAUUAAACACCUGAACUAGUUAAAAUUCCACCUAAGAAUAGUAUUUAAAUGGCAUCUUUCAUAUCUACCUCUUUGUCAUUGCUGCCAUUUUUAACUCAAGCAGAUCUUUAUGACAUCGAAAAUAAUGGUUGGAUGCAAUUUAAAAAAUCUGUGUUGGUGCUUUUCUCAGGCUAUGUCAUUUAAGUUAUAUUGAACAAAGAUGUCACAAAUCAGAUUGAAAGGCUUCGAAUUAAUUUUGAUUUUCUUUUGAAAGAACUGCUUAAAAUUUGUCAUCCGUGUUGAUAGUGAGCUGGAGAUAAUCUCUGGUUAGUAUAUGUCUAUGUGAUGUUUUCAACCAAGAGCCAAGUUGUUACUGAUUUACAUGAGAAAAGAGCUCUAAUUUUCUUCAGCUUACUUUGUUCUUUGAAAGCUGUUUCAAGGCUAUUCAGUACAUAAUCAUUCAUUUUAUUUACACAGAAGUUGUCUCUCUUACUUUGUUACUUGUUUAGUUAUUUAUAUAAUUGCAGUAUUUUGUUUAACACUGGGAUUCAGGUUGUACAAAAGUAGUAGCUGACAGAAAUUAUAUGUAUAUUUUUCUGAAAUGUAUCAAUUCCUUAAAUUCAUUUUAGAGGAAGGUCCAGAAAACUAACAUAUCUAUGUUUAAAAACAAGGGUCAGGUCCUUUGUAGAUGAUUUGAAUCAUUUGACUUUUGCUCCUGAAAGUUUUUUAAUUGGCCGUAUAUCCAUCAGCCAGCUGGAUCUCAGUGUCAUUCCUAGGGACACCAGGUUCACAAAGUCUGUUCACAAACAGACUGCAUUUUUUUUUUUGUAAUCCAAAAACAAAAGCAAAUAUAAAGCCAAA